AUGCCCGAUCCCUUUUUCCAGGCUUCAUCGCCUGCACAACUAGAUCUUGCUAGUGCUCGUUCUCAAAUUUUUCAAGUCCCCAUGUCCGCAUCUACAUCUCUCUACUCCCUCUCCGUCAGUCGCAAACGACCCCGUCAAAACGAAAAGAUCUCAUCAAAAUUUGAUUCCAUCGACGCUUCAUCUGAACCUCUUGCCUCACCAUUAUUUCCCGAGUACCGUCAGAUGAGUGGAGUCGAUGAUCUCUAUCGUCCGAACCGAUACCGCGAAUCCUUCUUCCCACCUUCUCUUGAGGGUGUCGACUGCACAAACUUAUACGGAAGUCGCAAGCGCAGUCGGUGCGAUUCAUAUAUCGCAUCACCGACUGCCGAUGAUGCAAACUCAUCCCCAGAACGCAUGGGCUGGGGACAAACAGUGAUGAACGCAGUGGGAAAAGUCUUGGAUUUCUGUUGGUCUGGGGCGUUCAAAGGCUUCCACGCCGGCGGUGGACCGGGAUAUGACUUGCAGGCUGGGUCCCCAGUACACGUACAGUUCAACUCAAAUUGUUCGGUACUCGACCCUGUGGAGAAAGACCCGAUCUUCCAUAGCCCUAUCCCGGGUCAGUACCCCGUUGAGGAUAAGGAUAUCGAUCGGAGCUGGGUGGUUGUCCCCACCGAACCUACCGACAUGUUUGUAGGCCCUGCCUCUCCUGCCAGUCCGUCAAUUCGAGCUCGCCGCAUGCAUCAAGCGUCUAGUCCACGUCGUCGACCGGCAAUGCCACGUUUGGGCAAGAGAGCUUCCCUGUUAUCCACACCUUCCCGAAGCCCCGGGCUGAAAGAGACUCCAGGAUCAGCGGAGAUGGCAAAAUAUGCAGCUCGGAUACGCCGUCGGGAACGGGAAGAAGAUGCGAGUAUUCAGCGAUUGAACAAACAAUUGCAGGCCAUGAUUCGCCAAGGCAAAGAGGCCCUGGGUACGACUGUGGAAGUGGAUGACCUGGAUAUGGAUAUUGAAUUUGACUCGUCAUGA